UCACAAUCGGUCAGCAACGUUCUGUUUGUAUUGGUCGCGGUGAUGUUACGUGUGUGAGCCUGAGGAAAUUUUCGAUUAUUAUUUAUCGGGAAAAUAACCAGCUGUAUUGCUAUCAAAAUGCCCGUCUUCUGCAAUGGCAAGAUUACAAAAAGAUUUGAUGAGCCUGAUGAGUUUGAGACUUCAAUUGGCCAGACUCUGAUGGACCUAGAGACCAACUCAGACCUGAAGGAUCUGCGAGACCUUACCAUCAAUGGCGCAAAACAGAUUGAUGUUGGAGAGAAGAAAUGCAUCGCCCUGUUUGUACCUGUGCCACUGCUGAAGCAAUUCCAGCGCGUGCAGCAGAGACUGGUCAGGGAGCUGGAGAAGAAGUUCAGCGGUAAACAUGUUGUAAUCAUCGCUCAGCGACGCAUCCUUCCCAAGGAAAAGCCAAACAUGAAGGUUCCUCUUAAACAGAAGAGACCUAUGAGUCGCACCCUGACUUCGGUACACAGCGCCAUCUUGGACGAUCUCGUGUACCCUGCUGAGAUCGUUGGCAAGAGAAUCCGUGUCAGGCUGGACGGAUCUCGCCUCUACAAAGUGCAUCUUGACAAGAGCCAACAGACCAACAUCGAACAUAAGGUCGAAACCUUCUCAGCUGUGUACAAGAGGCUUACUGGCAAGGAGGUCACAUUCGAAUUCCGCGAAUCUUACUUCUGAGUCUGAAAGUAAAAUUCUCUGAAGUUGAA